AUGAAUGCUCUGAAGGUGGCGAGACAGUUGUUCGGUACCUUGAAGGAGCGUCUAGUGGCUGGAAUUGAGCGAGAGGGCAUGAUCGAGUGCUUUGAUGGUCUUGCUGUGCCACCCGUGAAUGUCACGGCGUCUGCGAGUAAAACAAUGGACCCAGCCAGUCUCCACGGUGGUUGCCCACCGAUGAAGGACGUCAAAUAUACCUAUGACAUGUUACAUCUAAUGGAACGCGUGGGGCAUGAGAAAAGGUUUUAG